UCUUAUUGAUGACAAAAGAAAAAAAAGAACAAAGAAAAACGUGCACUCUUGUGACAGCCCGGAAAAACCAGUUUCAGCAUCAAGCCUCAAAUACUAAUAUUUUCCUUUUUUUUGUUCUUUGCUAAUUUUUGGGAAAAUAAGAAAGUGUAGAAGUUAUUUAUUGGCUCGAUUCUGUAAAAACGUACGCAAAUUCAUCGAUUUCGAGGUUAUAAGAAACAAUUAAUACAGAGUGUAGUUAGCCUAGUUAGUUGAAAAAAUAUUUUCAGAGUGACGAUGAAGAAAUUUUGUUUGACAUUUUAUUUUCUUCUUUUCUGAAAGGAAUUUCAUUCUGUAGAUCAACCACCUUCAAAAAAAAUCGUAGAGUCAACAGCCUUAGAUAUGUCUAGACCAGGUAGAUUUGCUAGAAGUCCUAAGUUAGCUAUAAAGCCAGGCAUCAAGCAUGUUGUUCAGUCUGCCAAAAGUCCGCCUAACAACGUCAAGCACAAAAAUGUGGGAUCUACACCUAAACAAUAUAAUGCCAAAAAUAUAAUGCCGAGUAAUUUUCCUGAUAACAGUCCAAGAAAUGAUUUAUCAUCAAAUCAGCCAUCAAGUAAUGUAAACUUUGUAGCUAUCAGAUUAUGUGUUGGCAAAGGAGAAAUAGAAAUUAAGACUGUUACCGAUAUCAAAAAUUUUGAUCCUAAUAGACGUGUUCCAUACAAAGCUUACAUAAUGACAGAUCUUGAUGAAGAUGACAACAAGGAGUCCUUACAAAAGAAAAGGUAUACUAAACCGAAUGUAAGAAGGAGUGAUGUCAUACGUGAACUUGCUGCAGAAGAAAUGAAAGCACAGAAGCACUCACAGUCUACGACUCAAUUGGAAAAUAAGAGAGAUGCUGAUCAGCGAAAAACAAGAAAUGUUUUUCCUCUGCCUUCUCCUAAAAAUAUUGAUGACGCUUUAAAAGACGCAGCAAUAACUGCAACAUCAAUGACGAAAUUGGCCUUUGAAAAUGUGGAGGCUACUGAAAAUGAUGCUUUCAAAGCUUUACAAGAAAAAGACAUUAUCAUUGCUCAGCUGCGAGCAGCAUUACAAGAUAAGACACAUGCUGAUUCUGCCUUAAUUGAUAAUAACUUGAUGACUCCAACGCACGGCGCCAAGCAGAGAAACUUCAUAUCUAACACGUUGUUUUUUACACCAAGAAGAUCACUGCGUCGAAGAAUAACACCAAUAAAUCCUGAAAAGGCACCUGUCUCAACGGCCCUAUUAAAGAACUCUGCUGCUUCCACAUGUAGUAAUAAUGUCGUCACCAGUCCACCUAAGAAAAAGCAGAAAUUGAGCAACAAGGGAAAGUCAAAAAAAGAAUCUAAACAAAAUUCUAGAUAUAAACGAAAAGGAAAACCAUGCCUUUACGAUAGUGAUGACUGGGAAUCUUCUGAUACAGAAGAAACAAAAUUACCGAAACUGAGCUUGUGGAAGGAAGAUACAAAAGAUCCUAAAACUGGAUUAAUGGUUAAGCGUACCAUGUUCCAUUUACAUUUCAAUGUGUCAGUUCCAUAUAUUAAAUGGAAAAAAGCACUCAAAGCUAAGUCAUCGAGGGCGUUUCUGCGUAUUUUGGCUACACCUCACAUUUGGGAGCAUGCAACAUUUAUUAAGAAAGCUGUACAAGUUGAAAGAACGACAAGUCUAGACGUUAGAGAGAAAUUUGAACCUAAAAAAUUUGAGGAAUUAAAGAGGGGAUAUGCUCAAUAUCUAAUUGAAAAUAGACUCAUUGACGGUAACCCAUCUACCAUUGAAGAGCUAAAAAGAAAGCUAAGAGUCUUAUUAGCAAGUUCGGAAGGGAACUCGGUAUUCUUGUUGACCAAGAAAGAGCGAAGGAUCUAAAAUCACCUGUUUUGCCUUCCAAAAAUUCUUUGACUGAUGGCGAGAUGGAUGAAGAUGAUGCUGAAUCCUAUGCCCAACCAGAAGAUGGUACCAAUGAAAACUGAAUAACAGAGAACGUUGAAAUGAUUUUUAAUUCAUAAUUUCAGUUUUAAAUAUUUUAAAGUUUGUUGGAUCGUACAAAUUUCUAAUAUUACUUAAGAUAAUUUAUUAGAUAUUUAUAGGCCUUGUAUUAUUUAAAUGUACGAAUGAUAAACAAUCAUUCUGCUUGAUUUGAG